AGCGUCCCAUCCUUAUCCGACACCAGCAGACGGAGCGCGAGUGCAUAAAGCUAGGCGCGCACGAAAAAGAGCAUCGGAAAGUGCAAGUAGGCAGGACAGCAAAGACAAGAGACCAUCGAUUAGAGCAGAGAGCUUGGAUACCUACGAUGCUGCAGAAAACAAUGAUGCAGACAAAGGGAUAGAGGUGCAAACAGAUGAACAUUGGAUUUCGCCGCUGGAUAUGCUUGCAGUGACUGCAGAGUUGGAAAUGGCAAAAACUGAAAUCAGUCGCUUACAAGCAAAAGUGGAAAAUUUAGAAACAGAGCUACAGAAAGAACAGAAACGAAAACUGUUUGGUAUUGAUGCUGUUGUUGAAUCUGAGAAGAACAGCAAAAAAAAUCUGUGUGUAUAUUAUACAGGACUUACACUAGUCCGUUUCAUGUCACUAUUUACAUUUCUCUUGCCAAAGAGGGAGACUUUGACUUAUGAUGAAAACAGAAAUGACAUUAGAGAAAUGUCAGCAGAAAAUGGACUUUUCCUGACUAUGUGCAGACUAAGACAAAACUUUGGUCUGUUCGAUCUAGCAACACGGUUCGGCAUUUCACAACAGUCAGCUGGUAUAGUAUUUAACACUUGGAUUGACAUUAUUUAUCUUAAGCUGUGCACUGUUUCUAUCUGGCCACACAGACAAACUAUAAUAGACAACAUGCCAAAAGACUUCAAAGCUAAUUUCCCUACAACAUUAAUUAUUAUUGAUGGAACAGAAUUAAAAACAGAAUCCCCCUGGGCCCAUGGUGUGCAAUGCCAACUAUAUAGCGAUUAUAAGUCUACCACAACAUUCAAGGCACUCAUAGGUUGUGACUCUCGGGGGUCUUUCAUGUUCACAUCAGAAUUAUUCACAGGAUCAAUAUCAGACAAGGCCAUUACAAAAGCAAGUGGUUUUUAUGAAACCAUACAACAACUGAAGGACAUUGGUUACAUUCAGAAUGGUGACGGUGUCAUGGCAGACAAAGGGUUUACAAUCAAGGAUGAGAUAAAUGCCCUUGGUCUGUCCUUAAACAUACCACCUUUUGCCUCAGCAGACAAACAGUUGUCUCAGGCAGAUCUUGCACUAACUGACAAAAUAGCAAGACACAGAGUGCAUGUUGAACGACUCAUUUCUCGCAUUAAAGAUUUCAAAAUAGUUGGUUGUACAAUUCCUGCUAUAUUAUUUCCUAAGUUAAACAGAAUAUGGGCUGUGUGUUGCUACUUGACACUUUUCCAGGGCUUUGUUUUGAAGAAAAUGUAAGAACAGUAAUACUAGUCUUGUUUUAGUACACAUUUCAUUAAUUUUUACCUGAUAGGAAACAGCUGACCCAAUUUGCACUUCUCCCAGGGGUGUAGAGACAGUUGGUGCUGAAGGCGUCAGCAUAUAUGUCAAUGGAGUACCAUGUAAUAAUUUCAGUGCAGCUAUCUCCUCGGGUUCAACCUUUGUCACUCUGUAAAUAUAAUGAAAAUGAAUUUUGAGAGUUGUCAAAUUUGCAAUAUUAAUUAAAAUAAAGAACAGUUUUAUGUG